CGAAAUCAAGAGUUAGACACUUAACAGACUGAGCCACCCAGGCGCCCCAGGGGAAAAAAACCUUUAAUGUAAACUACAGAAAGUAAAUUGGACAAAAUCACACCCGCUGGUAGGAAUAUCCAGGAGCAAUAGAGGGUGGCAGUUAAGAAUUAGGAAGCUCCUGGGUCCUAUCCUGGCCCCGCCCCUUGCAGCCCCGGGUCCCUGAGCUUUGUUUCCUCUUCUGCAAGAUGGAAGUGGUGUUAGGAUCUCUGUCAGUGGAGUUGUGUGUGCAUUCAGUAAAUUUCUACAUUUAAAGAGCUUAGGACAGCGCCUGGCAUACAGGGAGUUGUCCAGAGUAUCGGCUGCUCCUGCAUCACAGACUCAGAAGUGGGGAGAUUCAGGGGGCUUUUAUGUUGCUCAAAAGAGAAGUCAAAAAACAGAAUCAGGUUAUAGAGAGAGAUCCUAAGGGGGAAUGUCAGUUACUUUGGCUUACUCUUUCUCUUGCCCACGGAGUGCCGGGUUUCCGGCAUCUGUUGUUUUGUGGUCGGCAGCAGGGGACGGCCAGGCCCGGCGAGGAGGCCAGAGCUCCUACGUCAGACCCCGCUCCUCCUUGUCCAUCAGAGGCCACUGCCUGGCCACAGAGCGGGAGCAUGUUUCCGGGUGCUCUGAGAGGAGCACAGCGGUCGAGCUCAGUUUCAUUUCCCUGGCCAGUUGACGCCGCAGUGCCCCGAACCCCAGCGCGGAGAGCAUUUGUUGUACACGCCCGUGUUGAGCACCUGCUGGCUGCCAGUAGAAGCACAAGGGCCUGUGCCCAGUUGCAGAAGCGGCCGCUCUUCCCCGGUGAGCAGCCUUUUUUCCUCGCCGGAGCUCUGCUGCAAAAAGACUGAGGUCAGGAAAGGUUCCCUCUGUGGCAGCAAACAGCAACAAAAGCUUUAAAACGGUUCUGAAUAAUUGAAUUCGAUGUGGGCUCUCCUGAGUUCUCCCCUCUUCGUAGACCUCAGGAAUUCGAGGCCAAACGAGAUCAGCAAGUGGGAAAGACCCUGCCGCCUCCUGUCGCCCGUGGGCUCCCCUCCCUGCACAGCCGGCUCAUCGGCCCCAGGCUGAGCGGGGGGCGGGGCAGAUGCCUGGCUGCAGCACAGGACGGGCAAUGACGGCAGUUCCAUGGCCCCUGAGCGCGCCCCCACACUGCCCAGUCCUUCUGGGCACACCGUCCCUCCUGACCCUGCGCGACCCUGGAGAUACGUUCCUAAAACAUCGCUGAGUUCACCACCUUGGCCAGAAGCUGUCCUGCCAGACCCCGCUGAGGAGACCAGACACCAUGCAGAGGUCGUGGGCAGGGUGAACGAGCUGAUUGCCACAGGCCGGUACGGCCGACUCUUCGCUGUGGUGCACUUCGCCAGCCACCAGUGGAAGGUGACCUCUGAGGAUCUGAUUUUAAUUGACAACGCAUUAGACGUUGGGUGUGGAGAGAGGAUACGGCUGGAGAAGGUCCUGCUGGUUGGAGCUGACAACUUCACGUUACUUGGCAAGCCGCUCCUUGGGUAAGGCGCUCGCUCACAUUGGGCUUUGUCUAGGACCCAC